GCUUCACUUCUAACUGGAGCAGAUUCUAGCUCUGGUGCAAGGGAGGCUACUCUGUAGAGCUCCCAAUCUUCCUAUUUCUCUUGGGGACUAGCGGGUGACUUUUACCCAAUGUCUUCCACUGAACCUAAAUCUGAUUCUAGUGCUCAUGCAGCCGAGCCAGCAAGCCAGGGUGUACUGGCAUCUGUGGGUAAUGUUGUGCUUGUCAGUCCUACCAGUAACAAAGAUUGGGCUACCUCUGCUUCACUGAAGAAAGAAAAUCUUCAACUCCAGCCAACAGAUGAAGCUCCCGAGGAGAACCUGCCAGUUUUUCUGCAAGCCUCGCCUUCCCAGGUUACAGCUAUUCCAAGUUUGGCCUCCAGGGCCAAAAAUGUUGUAGCCAGUAUACGGAUUCGGGAUUUGUCUGUGGCUUUUCAGAGUGGGCUGGAUAUUACUAAAUCAAAGUUUGCCAUAGACACUAAAACAGCAUCAGAUUUGGCCAAAUUUGAUCAGAGGAUGUUGGAUAGUACAGAUGAGUCGCAGCAAUCUGAAGAAGGGGAUGCCCAUUACCUGCCUAUGACAGAUGAUGAGCUGGCUGAGAUUGCUGAGAUUCAGUCAUCAGGGGAAUGGAAAAUACCAUCCCUCCAACAGCAAAGAAAAACACAACGUUACUUUGUGCGUCUGGGAUCCCUGCCUCUCAACCUCCACCAGCAGGCCAUUGAGUACUCCGUUGUAAAACUAGAGCAAAUCAAGCAGAAUGUCUUUGAGACUCACCUGCAGCUUUCUCAGAUCAUCAGCUUAAUUAAUAAUGUUAAACAGACUGGUACUCCAUGGUGUGAGAGUCAAGAGAAACUUGACCAAAUAUGGGUUCACUGGAAUCGAUUAUUUCCUACAAAUAAUAAGCAAGAUGCUGCAAAGAUUGAGUCCCGUACUCUCCUCCUAUUUAUGAAGCUCUUCUACAAGCUUUUGAACAUCAUCUUACUGCUCUUGUCUAGCACACGAGGCCUUUACGAUGACAUUUGGAGAAAGAUAAGGCAGAGUCUUUAUUGUAUAAGAGAGUAUGAGGCUACCCUUGCCAACCUGAAUUCCUUUCAGGAUCUUUCUUGCAAGUUCAUAAACCUAAUCCAGGAGGAGAGCAGCAAGAUCCUAGCAUUCCUAGACCAAAUACAAGACAAUCUGGCUGAGGACAAACCUUUCACUUGGAUCAUGGGACCCUUUGUCCCAUCCAACCAAGGUUCCCAAAAGGCUGAGAAAACUUUUGAGAAGGUUUCAGAAGACUAGAAAUGUCCUGGUUCAAAGGAUCAAAGAUUUCGGGAAGCCAAGUGUCCAGAAUUCCUUAUGGGUUGGUCUUUUUCCAGUUGCCCUGAGACCCAGAAGAACAAGCAAUUAAGUAACUAAGCUGCCUCUAGUGAACUGGGGUAUUAAGGGACAAACAACCAAGACCAUCUCUCUAGCAUGUCCCAUAGCAAUCAUGUUCUGUUUCAUUGGGCCUGUUAAGAUGUAAUCCAUAUCCAGGAUGUUAGUAAUAAGUAAGACAUCCAAUAUCCUUGAAUUGUUUUUUUGUUUGUUUCUCCUCAGUGGAACAAGAUAACUUUUGUUUUCUGUCAAAUUUUAACUGCAGCUUAAAAAUUAUUAAAAAAAAAAAAAAACAAUGAAA